AAAAUUUGGAUCUCAAAUCCCUGCCUGAGAAGGAAAAAGAAAAGUUGGAAGGCCAUUGAAGGAGAGACACAUACAAACAGCCGCGGCCGCUGACGCUCCACAACACGACCCCGCAAAUAAAUUCCUGCUUGGAAGUUACUCGAGAGUUACGAGAGAGGGGAGGGUUUUUGUGCGACUUUCAGGGCUGAUUGCUUCUCCAUUUCAGGCUUCGAUGCACGCAAGCUUCUAGACCCGAGCUCUAGCCCAAACCCUAACUCUUCAAUGUCUGGGAACAGUAACCCUAACCCUAAGUCUUCAUCUAUAGAGAAGGGGAUGAGCUCCUCCACCUCAGUUAUUGAAUCCGUAAACGAGUUACAGAGCCUCUCCUCGGCUCUCUCUAAUUUCACAGCUCGCUGGAACGAGCUGCAUACCCACCUCAACUCCAUUCACAAAGCCAUAGAUUCCAGACUCACCACCACAAACUCCAAUACUAAGAACAAGAACCCAAAUUCAACGGCAGAUGGUGAAGAAAAAAACAGUAAGAAUGACGGAAAAGAAGAGCUUCUUCAGUCAAGUUUCGAAGCCCUGUGCAAGCAGAUGGAUGGAAAGGCUCUCAGGAGAUUUGUCACUAUUAAUCUAAGCCAAAUAGACAGCAUAAGGAAAAUGGCACCCGGUGCCCUAAUGUCAGCCCCUGAUCCUGCCAAGCUAAUAUUGGAUUGCAUGGGAGGGUUCUAUUUGCAGCAUGUGAAUGCUUUCAGCAAGCACUCCCCUCUCAUUGGGAUUCGCAGGGCCUGUAUCCUCCUUCUCGAGUUUUUUGUGGCAUCUAGCUUGGAGGUUUCAAGCGUGGUGCAGGAGGAGGCAAAGAGUGUUUCAAUUGCUUGGAGGGAGAGGUUAAUUAAGGAGGGUGGGGUUGCAAAGGCCACUGGCAUGGAUGCUUUAGGAUUGCUGCUCUUUGUUGCUGCUUUUGGGGUGCCUCCUCAACUUGAGAACGAGGAUCUCUACCAUCUUAUGCGGUUGGUGAACCUUCGCAAGAGAGCUCUGGUUCUUCGUUGCUCACCGAGAUUCAUGAAAAAACUUCCUGAUGUGAUCGAAGGACUGAUCAGCAGAGGGAAUCAGGUUGCAGCUGUGGAUCUUGCUUACACUUUUGGGCUUCAGGAUAAGUUCAAACCACUGCCUCUGCUGAAGGCCUUCCUGGAAGAUGCUAGGAAAGGAAAGAAAAAACAGGGCCCCCCUGAUGCUGAAUGGAUUGGUCGACUAGCCGCUCUAAACUCUGUGAUCAAGUGUGCUAAAGAUCACAAAUUUGAAGCUGCUAUAUCUGGUUGGAACCUCAAUGCCGAAGUGGCCAAGCUAGAGAAAGAGAAGCCAAAGAGGAAAGUAGACAAGAUUGAGAAGAGGAAAGCAGACAAGAUUGAGAAGCCAAAGCUAGGAGUGGUAAAGAAACGGUCUCGGCCUUCCAUGGUUUUACCAAAAACGGCUUCUGGUCAUGUGGUUUUGCCAUCCAAUGACCGGGGUAUUGGAGCGAAGUCCGCUAGACUCACUAUGGGUGUCUUUGAUGCUCAUCAACUGGCGAGCUCGACUGAUGGGUUUGUGACGAUGGGGAAUGGCACUGGGUUGGGAACAAGUGGUAGUAUGGGUUUCUUAGUGGGAGGUGGAAUGGGGUCAUAUGGAUGGCAAGCAGAAGGGUUAUACAGUAGAAACAAUGAUAACAUGGGUCAAAAUGUGUUAAUGCCAACAACGUAUCCAUCUUCAUUACCUGGUGUUAAUUUAAGUGGGUCUAAUUUGUAUUCCUCCUCGGAUCCUCAUCUUGAAAACGUGUCAUACUAUGGUGGCUAUUCUCACCUUGAUAACAGCAUUGCUGCUUAUCAGCCAUCUUGUUAGCACUUGUGUAUCCUCUGGUUCAUUUUCUGGUUCUGAGUCUCCUCGGGAUCAUUUUUUGGGUACUACGUCUUAAUGUACUGGAUCCAACAGGUGGCAUUGGGGUUGGAGGGUGGUGUAUCUAGCCCUUGAGUUAAUGCCUGUCUAUUUGAAUUGACAGAGAUGGUAGGGGUCUCUUAGUUGUCAUCAGGUUCAUUUCAUGAGUGGAGCCUCUCUGUUGGAAGGACAAUAUUGGUGGGAUUGAAAUAGAGCUGCAAGUCAGAUUUUUACCUUGAUAAAUUUGAUCAUGUAAUACAUCAUGUAUGGAGUUUAAUUUCCAUGCUCUACAUAUUUUAAUUGUUUAUAGCAUUUUGUUACACUUCAGUUAGACCUCAA